AUGCCUAUCAACUUCGCCGAGUCUUCUAUUCCAAGAUAUGGAUGGAGCAAACCAACUAUUGUCCAUAUUCCUACUAGCUACCAACAGGAUGUAGCCAGAGCUCAUUCAAGCGAUGAUCCAUUCGCUGCAUCUGAUAUGCAUGACAUUCCGCUUCAUGAAGACUCUCCUUAUGAUGAUUUUUUGAAGCAAGAUGGCAAUCAAGCUCCUAUUUCGGAGCAAACACCCUCGCAGCCAUCCCCAUCGCCAUGGGGCAUGGGACGCAGUCUUACCAAGUCCAAACCGUCUUCCCAGGUAGAUCGCGAUGAAGCACGAUCUGAAUGGGAGACCGUUGCUGGUGAUGAUGAGCGUCACUAUCAAGUAACCGGCCCCCCAAAGGCCAAGGUCACGCUGAAGAGUCUGGGACUCGUCCCUGACACUGACGAUGAAGAUGGUGGCGACGACGUUAAAGGAAAAGGAAUCAAGCCGCCUUUCAAGAGGCCCGGUACUCCAUUUGACGCGUUUGGCUUCUCUAACCGUUCGGGAGAGCAUGAAGCAAAUCCCAUCAGAGUGGACCAAGACGCGAACUAUGGCUCAGCCUUUGUUCACCAUGGACACACUGAGUUCAUCAGACAGCCCGUCUAUGGAGUAGGAGUCCAUGAAACAGGCCCAUCUCGGCCAACAGGACGUCGAGGCUUCCCAGUUAAUUCCAAGACUUCGAGCAGCGAGAGUACAGAUCAUUUCAAGUACGAUGGGGAGGCCUACUCUACCUUUCUGCAUCCAUCCAGUACACGAGAAACAAAAGACUCCACGUCUCGCCCUACAACUACGAACAAGGAAAGAGGCUUGAGCAUGCGAGCCAAAUUUGAAUCAAAAGAGUCUACUAUGCCCAGCAAGACUGCCUUUUACAAUCCGACCGCGCUUGGCAGCGAGCGCAGCCCAGAGACUACCAAAGCAGAAAAUGGUGAAUGCCGGCCACGAGCUCACACCGAUGAAGGUACAGAUGCCGAUUGGCAAACUGUCACCACUGGACCUGUUGGCGGAGCUGCAGACCAAUCCGAGCUCAAUCUCAUCAAAGGCACGGGCAGCAGCCUUGCGGAUGUUUCUGAUUUUAUUGAAGAGCAUCCCUACCCAGCCAAGAGCUACAACGCCGUUGGUAAGAUUUCACACCGACGCAAUCGAUCUAUCCAUCAUCUCAAAGGCUACUACGCCGAAACUUUUGCUCAGGCCAAACCUCGUGUUGGUAAUCAGUAUGGAGCCCCGGCCGUUUAUCAACGUCAGCAGAGAACCGUACGCGAGGCUUUUCAGCCUGCUACUCGCGCUGCGGCUCCUUUUCGGCGGCCCUCAAAUCCUUUUUUGACUCCUCCCAAUUGGAAGACCUCGGGUCGUAUUACGGAGUUAGAAGACGGCCCUGAUGAUUAUCAGCCUGCAAGCUCGAGCAAAAAUGUUCAAGCGCAGGCAGACACUACUCUAGCCCUGACACGAACCGAUUCCGCCGAGACUGUCUGGCCCCAAGUCAUUCGUCAUAAUGAGACAGUAAAUGAGUUUGACCAGGCAUUUUGCGAAACUCGAAUUAAGGAUACGACACUGCCUAGCGACGAUUCUACCAACGCAUUCUCUCGUUUGCCAUUCGAACUGAUCGACUUGAAAGAGGCUGCUAAAACUUAUGGCUCUCAAAGAUACCGCAACGCAGAUGAAGCUGACUCUUUUGCUCAGAGAGCCAGACUUGGACCUCUCUGGUCGGGCUAUUCCAACGAGGCCGGCCCGUCUUCUUCUGGCGGCUACCGCUUUGGCGGCUCCAACAAUCCUCCCGUGACACGUCCCUCUACGGCAGUGUUUCGAGAUCAAAUAACCAAUACCCGUCCAACUGUUGAGUUUGAUUUCGUCGAUAAUACACCGAGUCCAUCUUCGGCUAUUCUGGGCUCUUUGAGAUCCAAGCUGUCUCUCCGUCCGAAAUCUCAGAAACCUCAGCCAGCUCGUUUUGGCCACUUCAAAGCUGCAGCCGCCUUGGGAGCUAAAUGUCUCCGAAUCAAAGCUCCGCCAUCCAAGUCUCAGAACAGCAAUCAGAUAUGGGCCUUGUCCAGAAACGAGACUGGAGGCGUCUUGACUCCCUCCGAGGCCGAGCUGAUCGAAUCCGCUCGCGGAGAAAUCAUGGAUCGUCGCCGUUCUCCUGAAGAAAUGGAACACAAGCGUAAAGUCUUGUUCAUUGUAAUCGUUCUCUCCUCUAUCGUUUUUCCCUUGAUAGGAUUCCUUGCUCUCCUCGGCAAAUUUGACUCGACCGUUUGCUGGUACGCACUUGGCGAGAUGAAAGGCUUUACCAAAGAGCAGCGAGGCAUGCUCAUGCAGCAGCUUCUUGUCGAGACGUUCAUCUACACGGUCUUGAUCAUCUUCCUGUCCCUUCAUUUUUCAGGCCACCUCUGA